AUGGGAAGAGCACCGUGUUGUGACAAGGCUAACGUGAAGAAAGGGCCUUGGUGUCCUGAGGAAGAUGCAAAGCUCAAAUCCUACAUUGAAACGAGUGGCACAGGAGGCAAUUGGAUCGCUUUGCCUCACAAGAUUGGUUUGAAGAGAUGUGGGAAGAGUUGUAGGCUGAGAUGGCUUAACUAUCUAAGACCAAACAUCAAACAUGGUGGCUUCUCCGAGGAAGAAGAAAACUUCAUUUGUAACCUCUAUCUUACUAUUGGGAGCAGGUGGUCUAUAAUCGCUGCUCAAUUGCCGGGACGAACAGACAACGAUAUAAAGAACUAUUGGAACACGAGGCUCAAGAAGAAGCUCAUUAAUAAGCAACGCAAGGAGCUUCAAGAAGCUUGUAUGGAGCAACAAGAGAUGAUGGUCAUGAUGAAAAGACUACAACAACAACAACAACUCCAAACUACUUUCAUGAUGAGAGAAGACCAAACAAUGUUCACAUGGCCUCUACAAGACCUUCCUCAUGAUCCUCAUCAUGAUCAGGUACCAACUCUUGUCAUGAAUAAAACCAACUUGUUAUGCGACCAAGAAGAUGCUAAGCCAGCGAUCAUCAAGGACAUGGUCAAGAUCGAAGAUCAAGAACCGGAGAGAACAAACGCUUUUGAUCAUCUCUCCUUCUCUCAACUAUUGUUAGAUCCUAAUAAUAACCUAGGAUCAGGAGAAGGUUUCUCCAUGAACUCGAUCUUGAGCACCAACACAAACUCUCCACUGCUUAACACAAGUAUCAAUCAUCAAUGGGUCGGAAAUAAUUUCCAGGACGAAGCCAUCAACUUGUUUUCAGGAGCAACAAGUACUUCAGCAGAUCAAAGCACCAUAAGUUGGGAGGACAUAACCUCUCUUGUUUAUUCUGAUUCAAAGCAAUGCUGA